AUGUACAAGUCGGGUACACUUGUGCGUGAUAUGUCAUCAAUUGCUUUUAUUAACCGAUCUGACAUUGGUGUUUCAGCAUUAUGGUCUUGCAAAAGGAUACACGGAUACAUCGAUGAUGCGCAACAUCAGCAACAAGGAAAUGUCGACACGCGUGAGAGGACUUACGUGUGUGCGGAUUGCGGCAAAAGUUACGCGGUAAAAAGAUCCCUCUGGAGGCAUCGGAAGUUCGAGUGCGUGAAUGCAAAACCGAGAUUCAGCUGUGACAUAUGCUCGUACAAGAGUCCUCACAAGUGGUGCAUCAACAAACACAGGAAGAAGCAUCACGAGAUCUUCUACAAUCACUUUUCCAAUUAGAGCUCGUAACAUUGAACGUUGUUCUUGUGAGGAAACAAUUCGUUUAUUUUACUCACAUAAAUGAAAAAUUUGACGUGACUUAUGGCACGUGAAAAUAAAUUCCGCUUGACCGCAAAUAUCCUUCGGAUGACUUUUUAAUUCACUUUGUCGUGGAUUAAAUUUGAAAUAAAAAUUUUUAUGCACGAAAGGAUAUUCUAUUUGGAAUUAUAUAAAUGAGGUAAACGAUUUUUAUGUUUUUUUUUGGCUCAACAUUACCUCUAGUUUUUCAAUUAUUGAACAUGCCACUAUAACUUUUUACAUGAUUAUAUCGAUAAAAAACUCGUACUUUCUAAAUAAAUAACAUAUAAUCGAUAUGUAAAUACAUUCAAAUAUAAUAAUUAGUAGUCAAUUUGAUUGAUGCAAUAUACUAUUAUUACAGGUUUUUUAUAUUAAAGUUGAUAGUUUAAAAUAUUCCAUUUUAUUGAAGUAAAAGUAAGCAUUUUAAUAUUAAUUAUUGAAUGACUGCAAUAUAUUUAUGAAAUUUAAAUUGUUGAAAAAUUUUUCUAUUUAUAUUAGAGUAUUUAUGUAUUAUAUAGUGAAAUUUUUUAAAAUAUUUCGUCGAAAUUUUCGUAUUUAUGCUUUUAUACAUGACUUAUGUAAAUUGUGUUGUAUGACUGUGUAUAUAAAUAAUAUGAUAUGUAAUAUAUUAAACGUGAAAUAAACUGAAAGUUCUUGUUGUCAGGCACAAUGAC